AUGUAUGGCGCAGCGCGGCAUGGGCGACAUGUUCUGAGAGCAAUUCGGACCCUACCAUCCGUCUCGAUAUCCUCCGUGCGGACACAGUUUGUUCCUCCUAUCUCGAGCGCUAUAUCCAGUAGAUCUCUCGGUGUCAGACAUUUCUCCUGGACAUUCCCCCGCCGACAACAAGCCCUCGCUGAAGACCAUGCCCGUGCGGAAGAUUUUGGCGCAGAGGAUAUAUCGGAGGUCAAUCGAGAAUUCACAAAAUUUUCAGAGCUUGGAGAUGCAGGUGUCAUUGACAGGAGAAUCAUUGACACCCUGGUCAACAAGAUGAACAUCCACACAAUGACGGAAGUCCAGAGAAUGACCAUCAACGAGUGUCUAGAUGGCACAGAUGUCAUUGCCCAAGCUCGAACCGGCACCGGCAAGACCUUGGCGUUCCUGAUGCCCAUUGUGCAACGUAUGCUUCGGGAUCCUGAGUUUGGCCGUCGACAACCGUCAAUCGGAGACACCAGGGCCCUGAUUAUCUCCCCCACCCGCGAGUUGGCCGAGCAGAUUGGAGAGGAGGCAAAGAAGAUCGUCCGAGGCACUGGCGUUCAGGUACAAUUGGCCGUCGGUGGUACCCAGAAACAAUAUCAUCUCAAGCUUAUGCAGCGGUCGGGUUGCCAUAUUCUUGUUGGCACACCGGGAAGAGUCAAGGAUCUCUUGUCCGACCCCUAUAACGGACUCAACCUGGAAAACAUUCAAACCUUUGUGUUAGAUGAGGCCGAUCGACUUCUCGAUAUUGGAUUUGCCGAAGAAAUCAGAGAGAUUCAGAGUUUCAUGCCUAAACACACACGCCAACAUCGUCAGACGCUCAUGUUUUCUGCCACCAUGCCCCGAUCCGUGGUUGGCUUGGUGAGAGAGACUAUGAAGCCAGACUUCAAAUUCGUCAGGACUGUUGACCCUGAGGACGCUGCCACACACGAGUCCGUACCACAGCACAUUGUCUUUUUGCCAGGCCUGCAGAAUCAGAUACCAGCAUUGACUGAGAUCGCAUGGAACGCUAUGGAGGCUCAUAGGAGAGACCCGGAAAACAACAUGCCUUUCAAAGCAAUUGCUUUCUUCAGGUCGUUGAAUGAGGUCAAAAUUGCAUACGAAACCAUGAAAAAUCUGCGCGACCCAUCAACCAAAGGAGGCAUGUUUGCUCCUCACCCCCUCGCCCCCUGCAAGAUCAUCGAAAUGUCGUCCCAAUUAGAUCAGCGGCAACGAAGUGCAAACUCGCAAGCAUUCCGGAAUGCCGACUGCGCACUGAUGAUCUCGUCCGAUGUCACUGCCCGGGGGAUGGACUUCCCCAACGUGUCGCAUGUCAUCCAAGUGGGCGCACCUCAUAGACGAGAAGACUAUGUCCACCGCCUGGGCCGAACUGGCCGUGCUGGCAAACCGGGCCAAGGAUGGCUGCUCCUGCAAAAUGAUGAGAGGAACGAUUAUAGACAACUAGCCAACAGCAUCCACGCCCACAAUAUCUACGAAGAUACGAGUCUGGACACGGCAAAAUUGGACAUGACCCAACCCACACAACUUUCACCACAAACUGCCAAGAUCAUGCAGAUGGUGGAGGCUGGCGUCAGGCAAGUUUCUAGGCUUGACAAGGCAAAGGCAUACCAGAGCUUGUUGUCUGUGCUCAACCAGUCUGGCAACUCCUCGAGACAAGAGAUUGUCAACCAAGUGAACGAGCUUGCGACGUACGGAUGGGGCCUUGACUCGCCGCCUUCUGUGACCAGAAGCUGGGCUGACAAGAUAGGAUAUGGUGGUGUCCAAGGCCUUACGUUCCGAGAGGAAAGUGGACAUGGCGCUGGAUUUAGUUCUGGUCCGAGAUCGCGGCCUGGAGGUCGCCGCGACAGGUAUGACGAACGCGAUCCAUUCGGACAAGGUGCCUCCGGCGCUGGCAGGGGCACGUUCGGUCAGGAUAACUCAUCAUUCAACGACCGUGGUCGUGGCAGAUUUGGCGGUGAACGAAGGUUCCGUUGA